AUGAAAAUGAAUUUUCUUUCACUGAAAGUGGCUUUAAUCUCCACUGGAAUUUUAUCAAUGGCGGUGGCGUUGAAGCUCACGGUACCGAUUGUUUCGCACUUCAUCCUCAACGAUGCCCCAACCGUCUGGUCCUUUAUCCUCACAUGCUUCACACCGCCUUACCUCUAUCUCCUCCUCAACCUCAUCAUCCUCACCAUCGUUGUUACCUCUAAAUUCCAUAGUCAACACCACCAUUCCCCGCCGGAGCCUCUUCCUUUCGAAGCCUCCUUCGACGGAACACCUUCUCCGGUUCAGAUCCCUGCGCCGGUACAAGUAGAGAUCUCAGAAAUCCCACCGCUAGCUAACUACAAUGGCUUCGUUUCCGAAAUCAAUGAAACAUUUGCGUUAGGUAACGACUCUGACGAUUCUGUUGUUUACGUCGCCGAGGAAAAUACUCCGGCGAAAACGACGGUUGUCGAAGCGGAUGCCUCUGUUCUCGUUCCGAGCUUGCAGAAGAACUCGUCUGAGUUUGCGUUUAACGAUGAGAACGAGAAACCUCCAGUUUCUUCAAGGUUCAGAAAAGCCGUUAGAUCAAGUCCCGAAGGAGGGAAGGUGAAUGCGUUGAGAGUGACGAAGACAAAGAAGCAAGACACGCUGGAGAAUACAUGGAAGACGAUAACGGAGGGGAGAGCGAUGCCGUUAAAUAGGCAUCUGAAAAAGUCGGACACGUUCGAAUCACAACCGCGCCGUAGCGGCGUGCCGUUAGCUGAUUUAAACGGAGGAGUUGGAGGAGGUGGCGGUGUUCCGGUGAUGAAGAAAUCGGAGACGUUCGGUGGAAGGGAGAAAAGUGUUUCUCCUGGAUCCGGUGGGAAGAUGAGGAAAGAAUCAUCGUUGAGUCAGGACGAGUUGAAUCGGCGAGUCGAAGCGUUCAUUAACAAGUUUAACGCGGAGAUGAGGUUGCAGAGGCAGGAAUCGCUGAGACAGUAUCGGGAAAUGGUGAAUGGUAGAACUUGCUGA